AUGUGUGAAAUAGGUGGAAGUUUGCAUGCUAGAUUCAAGUCGACGAGGGGGGUCAGACAGAGGGAUCCAAUCUCCCCUGGGCUCUUUGUAUUAGUUGCAGAGUAUUUUGGCAAGGGCCUCUACUCCUUGUUUCAGCAAGGUCGACACAGGUUUUUUCAGGCUGGAGGAAUUCGGGUACCAUAUCUGGCGUUCGCCGAUGAUGUCAUUAUUUUCACCAGGCUUUCGCGGGAGACUUUACAAGCGGUUAGUGCCUUCUUCAAGCAGUACCAGCAGUAUUCUGGACAGAAGAUCAAUGUGUCGAAGAGUGGUUUUGUGUGCUCGUCUGGGGUGUUGGAGACGCAAGUGGAGUUGGUGUCUCGUAUACUGGGGUUUCAACGGCAAUUUUUCCCGCUGGUCUAUCUUGGUGUCCCCAUUUCCCGGGGUCGGAGUUCCACUGUUGACUUCGAUGGGAUUAUUGCAAAGGUGAGGGCGCGGGUCUGCCACUGGAGUGCGAAGUUGUUGUCUAUGGGGGGGAAAUUAAUUCUUAUAAAGCACGUCUUGAAUUCGAUGCCGCUCUACCUUUUACAAGUGCUUAAGCCCCCCAAGGCAGUCUUAGUGGCCCUGGGCCGAAUAUUCAACUCCUUCUUAUGGGAUAAAUCCCACGACGCUAAACGUACGCACUGGGCGUCCUGGGAGAGGUUGUGUUUUCCCACAGAGGAGGGCGGAGGUAGCAAGACCGUCUGGUACAUGGAAACGGCUAAUCGGUAUACGCGAGUUGGUGGAGGUGCAGAUUACAUGGAGUCUGGGACCGGGAAUGUGGAGAUUCCAUUCGAUUUGGAUGGGCAUGAUCAAAUCCUGUGGGCGAAGUCGGCGACCGGGUUUUUUUCUUUGACCUCGGCUUGGGAGCUGUGCCGACAACGUCGGGGCGGUUUAUCAUUGGCUGGGAUGGUUUGGAAUAGGGGUACACCCUUGAAAUUUUCAUUUUUUGCUUGGCGGCUGAUGAACAACUUUGUGGCCUUGGAUUCGGUGCUGCGACGAAGAGGGCUGCCUUUGGUGUCCUGGUGCUCCUGCUGUCUGGCAGAGGCAGAAACCUUGCCACAUCUUUUCGUCAAUGGACCGGUGGCAAGAGAGGUUUGGGGGCAUUUUGCCGGUAUGUUUGGCAUUCUUCACUUGCCGUCGGAUGAUAUUCAGCUCAUGUGGAGGGAGUGGGCCACAUCGCUGACACGCAUCCCCGCUCAUCAUAUUCGAUGUGUACUCCCGCUAGUGGUUACAUGGUUCAUAUGGCAGGGAAGAAAUAAGGCGAGGUUUGAAGGACAGGCUUUUUCGGCUCAGGAGGUCAUUGUUGAGGUGAGCAAUUUCUUGCAUGACUUGGGACGAGCAAAAAAGUUGGAUAAGGCACAGUUCACCGGCGACCAGGACUGUGUAUGGGCACGCCUCGCUUCCGGCGGAACUCGUAAACGACGACCAGUGGUAGUUACUUGGGCAAAGCCACCACCCCUGCAGUACAAAUUAAACACGGAUGCUAGUGUGGUCAACGGGAGGGCAAGUGGAGGAGGAGUGCUUCGGGAUUCUUUUGGUAGGGUUAUCGUGGCCUUCUACAAAGAGUUUGGGGAAAAAGGAGUACUGCAGGCGGAGGCUCUAGCAGGAGGCUGGUUGUUUUGCAAUGUGCUGAGGCGGAUUCGUCGCCUUUUGGAUCAAGUGGCUAUGUCGUUUACACAUAUAUUCCGAGUGGCAAAUAUGGUGGCAGAUAGGCUAGCUGCUCUACAGGGGGGUCCCAAUCAAGUUUUUGAUUCUCUUCAGCAGCUUCCUAGGGAGGUUCGAGGCUGUAUUGCUAUGGAUACUGCCCAAAUCCCGUCCUAUAGACUAGUGCCUCAGUAG